GACAUUGGUCAUAUUUUGGUUUAUUAUCAAACUUAGUAAAAUCGAGUGCCCUGAUCACGAAUCUGCUCUUAUUUUUUAUCCAAAACUUUUCCUUCUUGAGUUAUUGAAUGGGGAAUAUUUAAGUAGGCCGCCAUCUUGAAGAAAGUGAAUUAUGCGAAAUUAAUUGAUGACGUCAAGAGCAGGUAACAAAGUAAACAUAUGCGCCAUGAUAUGCGCCAAAAAAUACAAAGCAAGUUUACUCUCUGUGCGUAUAACUUUCUAAAGACUAGACAAUACUGCUCUUUAUGGUGCUCGGCUACAGGUAUCAGACAACGUUAUUGUUGUAAUGAAACGUGUUUAACGGAACUGCAACGUGUCAAAUACCUCAGAUGUUCGGUCUUUUCUUGGCAGCCAAGAAUGACUUCGGCAUGGACGGUAUCACCCAUCACAGGCAUUGAGCAAAAGAGUACAACAUGUUUAACUUCCGUUCCGAUUUGCGGUACGACACUUUGUUGUUAUUGUCGGCCUCACUGGAUCUACACAUCUUUCCCGCACACGCUCAAUAAUAAGGCAUACUCAUGUGGUUACUCACUUCACUUGGCACGCACCUCUCGACGAGACAUGUAUUGCCCAGUCUACGGCUGUAACAGCGAUAGCAAGAAACAAACGGACCCUCCAACGCACUUUUUCACCUUUCCGUCUGGAACAUCAACGACGCAAAAGCAAAGACGAAAAGUGUGGAUAGAAUUUUGCAAGCGAAAAGCGUUCCGACCUUCAUCGUGCACAAGAAUAUGCUCAAAGCAUUUUGAGGAAGACGCGUAUGAACCAGGAGGUUCGCCGCAGUUUCUAGCGCGUCUAGGUUACGGUGAAAAAUUUAUAGCACGGCUGAAAAAGGACGCAGUACCAACAAUUAGUACGGCUGUAGAGGUCGCCACGGAAAAAUCAAGAGCCGCCAGUGUGAGAAGACAACGAGAAAAGGAUAUUGACACUCUUAUACGUGGCGUCGAAAUCGAACAAGAAGAAGCGGGAUGCUCCAAGGCUGGCGAGAGCAUUGAAAUUGAAGGCGAAGCUCAAAUUCCGCCGUCACCUGAAGUAGAGGAACACGAAGCAUCGACCAGCACUGGGUCAAUAGGGUCAAUUCCAAGCACGCUUGCACAGCUUCAACAACCAGUCAGGUCAAAAUCAACGCAAACCAGACCACAAUUGCGAUCGAUAAAGACCCAAACUGUAAUCAACGCGACAUCCCGUUUCUUUGACGAGAAGCAACAAGAAUGUUUAUCAACCGAAACCGAAACGACAGAGGCGAAGCUGGGGAAACCCCAAAGUGUGACAACAACUAGUGGCGCAACUAUCACCGAGCCCGAAAGCGAAGUAGAAGUGAGCAGUGGCAGUGAUAAGUCGGGUGAACAGGACCCUAUGUAUGUGGACAGUGAAAAUCAACCAUCAGAUAGCGAGGAUAGUUUUGAGGAAGAAGAGUCAGCUGUCAAUGUCAUCUUACAGCGGGGAAAACCCCCAGAACAGCAAAUGAAGUUUGUGGUGUUUGAGGACAGUGUCUUGGAUGUGUUUGGCACCUGUUACAUAUGUAAUGGUGAAUGUAUUGUCACGGUGGAGAAACAACGGGGAUCAUUGUGUACAAUUAGAAGCCAAUGCCUGAAGGAAAGCCACCAUUGUUUUGUGUGGGUCACCGGUCCAACUGUGCAUGGUAUGCCUGUAUUCCAUUUGCUGUUGGCAUCAGGUGUUUUAACAACUGGGAUGGAGGCAUCUAAGGUGUUGCGUUUCUUUCAAGCACUGAAAAUCCCAAAUGUGAAACAGCGAGAGUUCUCCAGAAUUUUCAAGUACCAUGUCAUCCCUACAGUCUACGACGUUUGGCAAAAAGAACAAUUGUCUAGACUGGCUGAAGUUGCAAACAAAUCUGUUAUUGUUGCAUAUGACAUGCGGGUCGACAGUCCUGGACAUAGUGGUCUUUUGGGUUCAGGGAGCAUAUUGGAUGCCGAAAGAAACAUCAUCUUGAGUACACAAGUAAUCAAGUCUACUGAGGUAAAGAACUCUAACGCAAUGGAGUUGGAGUCACUGAAGCGGCAGCUAAAGUAUUUAGAAGAAAAUGGUACUAGUGUUUCAAAACUGGUGACAGAUCGCCAUGGGCAAGUGUCUAGCUAUAUGGCAAAUGAACGACCGCAAGUUGAACAUUGCUAUGAUGUGUGGCAUGUAGCAAAAGGAGAGAAGAAAAGAUUGACAAAGCUUGCCAAGAAAAAGAAAUUCAAAUUGAUUGGGCCAUGGAUUGGUUCAAUUAUAAACCACAUCUACUGGGUUGGGAACUCCAGUGAAACUGCUGAUGAGCGAGAGGAGAAAUGGCGCAGUAUCAUCAAUCACAUUGCCAACAUACAUGAACAUGAAGGGCAUGUGAUCUUCAUGGAAUGUGAACAUGAUGUGAUUGAAAGAGCCUGGCUUAAACAAGGGUCUGCAGCCUACAAAAAGCUGGCAGAGGUACUGACAAGACCACGUCUCAUUGCGGCAAUCAGGAAAUUGUCCCAGUAUCAUCAAACAUCAGGGUUGGAGGCCAAGCAUGCACUGGAUAAUCUUCUUGCUUCAAAGAAUACCUAUCAUUCUUAUCAUUCACUGAGUGCACGGUUAUUCUGUGCAAAUCUACAUUAUAAUGAAAACAGCAAACGUAAACAAGCAACAAAAGCUGACGGCACUGCUCAAUGGGCAAUUGUUUAUCCAAAAGCUUUUAAAGGCGAAAAAGCUGUUGCCAAACCAUUGAAAGAGAAGCCUACUUAUGGAUACAUAGAUGUUAUAAUGAGUCAAGUUGUACAAAAUAGAAUCAAAUACAGUACUUUGAAGAAAGCUAGAGUUCAUGCAGAGAAGGUGUUGCCAGUCGAGCCACAAUCUCUGGUGCAAAAGUACUUGGGCGGAAAGGAAGGGCCAUCUAAACAGCAAGUGGUGGACAGCAGGAAGUCGCGGUUUUCGAAGCCAGCUUUACCUGUAAGUAAAGAGCAUGGUCCAAAUCACACACCUUGUGUAUGUAAAGGAAAAUGUGCCACUAAGAAAUGUAGUUGCAGGGCUGAUGAGCUAAUGUGUGAUACUAAUUGUAAAUGCAAAGUAGACAAGUGUAAGAAUCGUGAGUGAACAUAAUAUUAUUGUCCAUUUUUAGUUAGUUGAUUGGUCCCACCAUAGUAGGGUGGUGAUACAUUUACUGCCUGCCUGGCUCUUCUUGGGCUAAAAUAAUCUUAUCUGUACAAUAGAUUAUAGAUGUAUAUAUAAAUAUCGUAUUUAUUUCAUUAAUAUUUGUGUUUGUUUUUCAUUGGAAGAGGCCUAGGCUGAAAAUCUUCCAGG